CGCUGUAGUUUCGCUUCUUGGUAUUUAAGUUUGCUCUCGCGGACAGGAUCACAGACACUCUGUCCCUGGAUGCUCCUCUGUGUCUGAGACCUGUAUCCCCCAUCAUGUCUGAGGCCGUGCUGCUGGACCUGAUCCACGGCUGCUGCCCCGCCUGCACCGGCGCGUCUCUGCGCGAGGAGUCCGGGUCAGACCGGCAGGUUUUCCUGCUCUGCGGGACUCGUUACCGGGACACAAACAGCCUCUCAGACCUGAGCUCGUGCACCAGCAGCGCGCACGUCCUGGACGCAGGCUCCACCGUGGAGUGUUUGAUCCGGUUCAAGCAGACUGUAGACGACCAGGACCUGAGCUCGGUCCGGGUCCUCACGUCCCCGCGGGGCAGACAGGUGCUGAAGGUGUACCAAGAGCUGCUCUUCACGGCUGUUUACACCUUUGAAUACGAGGUGGUGAACCCCACCUGUGUGAGCUGCAGAAGCCCCGCCCACACGCUCUCACCUGGUGACGUAGUAAUAGAGGUUUCCAGGUUUCUGCAGCAGCUUCCGGCGCUGAGGGGAGAGAUCAGAGUCCUGAGGUCUACACUGAUCCCAGACUGUUUCGGUCACGGCUUCAGCUCCCGAGGUGGCGGCGUGUCCACCAUCGCCACGCUGUCCUCUUUGAACAUGUUCAGCAGCAGCAGGAGGAGAGACUCCGGGGCCGUAGUGACUGAGAACAGACGCCGGCUGGCCCUGCACGCUGGGUUCCCCGCCCAGCAGCUCCGCUUGGUCAAGGUGAACCACGCCAGUGACGUUUGGGUUAUUGGGAAGGAGGAGCCAAAGCGUUACGACAGCAUGGUGACAAACCAGACCGGCAUGGUCUUAGCGGCACCGGGAGCUGACUGCAUGCCCAUCCUGUUCGCUGACCCGAGGUCAAAGGUCAUCGGAGUCGCACAUUCAGGCUGGAAAGGAACCCUGAUGGGGGUCGCGAUGGCAACAGUGGAGGCCAUGGUGACGGAGUUCCGAUGCCGUGCGAGUGACAUCGUGGUCGCCGUGGGGCCGUCUGUGGGGGCGUGUUGUUUCAGUCUGCAGAGAGAUCAGGCGCUCGACUUUCACAACAUUCACCCUGACUGUGUCCCCGACCCGGAGUCUGACACACCACACGUCAACAUCCGUCUCGCCAACAGACUCCUCCUCCAGCGCGGCGGCGUGCUGCCAGAGAACAUCCACGAUGACGUAACGACGGAGCACCCAAGUGUGACGCCCUGCACGUCCUGUCACCCUGAACUAUUCUUCUCUCACCGCAGAGACGGGACGGAGUUUGGCACUCAGGUGGGCUACCUGUGGAUCAAAGAGGAGGGGGGACAGGUGUGACCCCGCCCACUGGAGGAGAGAGCUGAUUGACUCUGUGAUGUUUGGACUCACCUGCUGGAAACUCCUCCCUGCAGAUCAAUAUGUUAAUACUUCAUCCUCAUUUAAAGAGUUUCGGUGUGUUAUGUUCAGGUGAUUCUGUGUCGUCGUCUUUAUUAUAAUAAAGUAUUUUAUUCUCUCUU